CGGAACAAGAAGUGGAAGAGAGCUGCGGGCUUAGGAGGACCAAACCCAGCGGGAGGUGGAGAACCUGAGUCGGCGAGGUGGGUGGGUCCGUGAGAAGAGGCGGUGGCUGCGGCUGCGGCUGCGGCUGCGACCACGGUCUUAAUACCGCCGAACUCAUCUUUGCCGGAAGGCGCGGCUCUGGGGCAGCUGGGGGAGGACUCCGGCCCGUCGCAGCUCCGGCAUCCACCCUGUACUGGGCAAAAACAGAAACAAAUGCGUUCACUCCCAGCUCUUGCCCAGGUUGCUGGUCUCCUGGAGAACGGUGGUCCCUCGCUUGGGCUCCCCGUAACUCACGUUUGGGGCUGGGUUAACGUGAAUUUGUGAGCCGAGUUAGAGAGCGUGAUUGAGAGGUCUAAUUAAAAAAUAUGCAUUUUGGGCGGCGCCUGUGACUCAAAGGAGUAGGGCGCCGGCCCCAUAUGCCAGAGGUGAUGGGUUCAAACCCAGUCCCGGCCAAAAACUUUUUUGCUGUUAAUGUUGGACCUUGGUCUAAUGAUAGGUCAUUCAAAAUAUCUAGCACUGAAAGUCGCCACCCCGUCACCACCUUAAAAAAAAGGAACGAAAGAGAGAAAAAGUAAAAUCAGACCUUUAGGGCCGCCCCCACUGGCGUCUAGCAAUCAGUGAUGUUAUGCGGAGUCCUGAUGUCACUGCUGUGUGGAGGCGGAGCGGAGGUCGGAGUGAGAGGUGAGCGUGGGGCGGGAGAGAGGAGGAGACUUUCGCAGAUGCGUGUAGAAGAACAGGAGGAUCAGAGCGGAUGGGUCGCGGCGAAGAUGCUGAGUGCUGGUCUGUCUCCGGUGACACUGCCUGAUGCUUGCAGCCGCCCUCAUGAUGACUGAAGGUUCUCAGUCAGUGGCAGACCCUGCUCCAGCCCAGGUCCAGGCCCCAGCCAGCCCAGUGACAGUCCCCAGGCAGUCCCCAGGGGGGAAAUGUCUGAUAAAGGAGUGGGGGGAUAUGUCUGGUGAAGGUGUUCAGUGGCACAGGGGUGUGGGGAGGGGGAGCACUUAAAAUGACACAGGUGGAUCAGAGGGGACAAUCAAAAUGACACAGGAGGAUCAAAAGGGGUUACUAAAAUGGUAAUCCCCCCUCUGAUUCUCCUGUGCCAUUUUGAUUCCCCCCUCUGAUCCCCACUGUGUCAUUUUAAGUGAUCCCCCUCGCCCUACCUGAUACCCCAGUUCCUUUUUUUUUACCCCUAGAAAUGAGCGCAAAAAGAAAAAGCUACUCCGUGGAGUAUAAGAAAGGAAUCGUGGAAGACUCUUGGGGCCAAAAUCUUACUGCUUUCUGUAAAGAGAAGAUGUUGAGUAUCCGAUUGGUCCGAAAAUGGCGAGCAGAGUAUGGUAACCUUGUUGAACAAGUGGACAAGGGAAAUGCCAAAAAGCGCAAGUGUGGAUCAGGUCGGCAACCAUUAUUUUCCAAGCUGGAAGACCUGAUCUGUGAAUGGGUUGUUGACAGGAGAGCAAAGGCUUUGGUUGUGAAUAGGGCUCAGAUUCAAGAAUUUGCCCUUGCAAUGGCACCACAGUUUGACAUAGCCCCCGAAGACUUCAAAGCAUCACAACACUGGCUGGAUAAUUUCCUUCAACGAAGUGAACUGUCUUUAAGAAGAUCCCCAACAUUGUUUAGGCUGGAAGAUACUCAAGUUACUACCGUACCGUAUACAGUAACUUCAAAUGAACAUUUUUCAACCACAGAGAAAAGUGAGUCCUGCUUUGCCCAACCAAAGCCACGUACCCUGGGAAGAGAAUCUACUUUGUAUGACAACGCACAAAAGGAAAGCCUUCCCCCAUUAGAAAAGCUCAAGGUUUCAGCAGUGUCUACAGCUAAUGGCGUUAAAUCCCUCUGUGAACAGCCCCUGGAAAAGGAUGUGGCCCCUGGAAAGAACGCCGCAGACCACUCCGAAUCUAUGGAGGAGACACAGCCUACAGAGGGACCAGGUGGCAAAGAUGAUACCCCAGGAACAGAAGAAGAGAAGAAAGAUGUGCAAGCAGUGACAGGGGCUCGGCCUUUGAAAGGAAAUGCCGAGGUUGAACCUUUAGGAACAAAAGUUGAAGGUCAGCCUUUGAGGACCGCAGGAGAGAGGGACUCCCCUGGCACAGUGGAAGGUGAUGAGAAUCCACAACCUGCUGGAGAGAUGAAGCUUCUAGGAAUGACUGAAAACAUCGCGCCUCUGGAAACAGCUAUAGAGCUACAAGCUCAAGAAGCAAUGGGAAAGGAUGAGCAGGUCCAACUUCUAGAAACAAUUCCUAAAGAGGAUGAAUCUCCAGAAGUCUUGGAAGGAAGCCAACUUGUGGAAAUAGCUGAAGAGCAGCAACUUCAGGCAACACCAGGAAAACAGGAGCAGUCCCAGCUUCUAGAAACAAUUCCCAAAGAGGAUGAAUCUCCAGAAGUCUUGGAAGAAAGCCGGCUUGUGGAAACACCUGUAAUGAAUAAUCCCCUCCAUAAAACUCCUGAAAGUCCAGGAAAGGUGGAGCAGAUUCAAUUUGAAGGAAAAGUUGGAAGCUUGGAGCAGUCAGCAGGAAUUGCAGAGCCAGGGGCCAGGGUGGAAAUGGCCAGGAAAGUUCAUAGUAAUGAAGAAGACCAACACAUCGAAGGUGAGACAGGGGAAAAGAUGGAGAUUGAGGAAGUAAGUGAAGGGGCUGAAACAAAAGAAGAAGAAACAGGAGAAGCCGUGGACCUUUCAGCAGCCACGUAGAUGGGUGUGGUGAGAGAAAGGGGAUGGACCCAAUGUGAUACAAUAGAGAAGGCAAAAAUGGUGGUGAAGCUUGUGGUUGUGGAUCUUAUCUUUCUUCAUCUACGUGUUUUACACAAGGAGUUGGUUUUAGAUUGUUGGAACCAUGAGAAUGUUAUUGUCAUGUUCUUGAUUACAUUGUUCUGUAAAACUGCUAAGCCGUGAACAAUUUCCUUAGCUACUUAGAAUAGUUAGACUUAUACAAUUACAAUAGCCUGGUGGCACCUGUGGCUCAAAGGAGUAGGGUGCCAGCCCCACAUACUGGAGGUCGCAGGUUCAAACCUGGCCGCAGCCAAAUACUGCAAAAAAAAAAAAAAUUACAAUAGCUAAAGCCAAUACAAAUUAGGGUAUAUGAUAGUUUAAGAGUGUGAAGGUGACUUUCUUCAUUGUGGCAGUGGGUUCAUUCAAUAUUGAAAAUGAGGCACUGAAAAAAAGUACAAACCUGGCUCGGUGCCCGUAGCAUAGUAGUUACAGCGCCAGCCAUAUACACCAAAGGUGGCAGGUUUAAACCUGGCCCAGGCCAGUUAAACAACAAUGACAACUGCAGCAAAAAAAUAGCCGGGUGUUGGGUGCCUGUAGUCCAGCUACUUGGGAAGCGGAGGCAAGACAAUCACUUAAGCCCAGGAGUUGGAAGGUUGCUGUGAGCUGUGAUGCCACGGUACUCUCCCAGGGCAACAUAGUGAGACUCUGUCUCAACAACAACAACAAAAAAAAAAAAAAAGAAAGAAAGUAUAAACCUUUAAGUACAGAGGCUGGGGAAAGGAGUUAGCAAAUUUCAGAAAAUUCAUGAUAAUAAAGUCACAUAGUUACAAUUACAAUGAAAGAAGAAUGAACUAAAACAAAACGGGGUGAACUCUACAUAGCAUUUCUGUCCUAUCACAAAAUUUAGAUCUGAUAAGAACUGUAAUGUGUCACUUAAUUAUCUGUUCAUCUUUAAGGCUGUCUACUACCACAGAUUCUAUUUAUCACAGUACACGUUAAAUAUGUUAACAAAAAGAAUUCAAACUCUGGUGCUGUUGCACGAUUAGGCAUUUUUCACAAUGGAAGGCUAUGCAUUUUCCAUGUCAUGUUGAAUUAGCUGUUGAUUUUUACACUUAUGUGAGGGUUUUCAACUGGUGUUAUCCUUUUGAAUAACAUUAAAGGUAUUUCAAAUCAACUGACUUUUAAAUGUAUUUCAGAGGCAAUAAACAACAAGAAUUAAAACCUAGCUUUGCUGCCUAUGUGAAGUCUUAUCCCUGGGUCAUAUUUGUUCUUUUAAAUGACUGAUUUAAUGUUAGGCAUUAGAGAUAGAAAGGAACUAAGAUGCUAAGAUUGGAAAAGCAUUUAUACUAUUUCAGUGUCAAAAUGAAGCACCAAAGAAAGUCAGUUUUUAGAAAUUCCCCCAAAGUUGGCAAGGGAUUUGGUAAAUGGUUGAAUAGUAAUAAUAAUAACAACUAACUUGCUCACCAUUGAGUGCCUUUUGUUUGUGAAUAUCAAAAUAGAAUUAUGGAAAAAUUUGGUUUCUUUGUCUUAUUUGUAAAUAUGUAUUUCUAAGAUAAUUGCUCAGAUGAAUUAACUAAGCUCUUUUACUUUAGUUUCUACAUUAGAGUGACUACUAAGAUGACCUAUAAUUAAUGAUAAAAAUACAGGACUCAAGGAAAAAUGUAUCAUAUUUAUUCUGAUUUUCAUAUAGUUUAUAUGCUUCUGACUUAAAAAGAAGAGUUCUUGAGUAGGCGACAUUAUCCUUUCUGCAGAAAUGCUGGAUUGUGAUUGUAUGGAGAGCAAGCACUGUGUUUCAUGCAUCUUUGAAUUCAGGCAUUCCUCCUUUAACAGAACAUGGUAGAUACUUGAUAAAUAUUUGUUGAAUCAAUAAGUUGAAUAACAAAUGCCAAGGGUUCAUGUUCACAUUUAACUCACUCAACAAAUAAUACAUUUAAAAUAUGAAUUCGGCUCACGCCUGUAAUCCUAAUACUCUGGGAGGCCAAGGCAGGUGGAUCCCUUGAGCUCAGGAGUUCAAGACCAGUCUGAGUAAGAGUGAGACCCCUUUUCUACUAAAAAUAGAAAAACUACCCAGGCGUUGUGGUGGUACCUGUAGUCCUAGCUAUUUGGGAGCCUGAGGCAAGAGGAUUGCUUGAGCCCAAGAGUUUGAGGUUGCUAUGAGCUAAGAUGAUGGCACAGCACUCUAUCCAGGGCUACCGAGUCAGACUCUGUCUCAGUUCUUUUUUGAGAUAGAGUCUUACUAUGUCACCCUUGGUAUAGUGCUGUGAUGUCACAACUCACAGCAACCUCAAAUUCUCAGGCUCAAGUGAUUCUCUUGCCUUAGCCUCCCAAGUAGCUGGGACUACAGGCACCUACCACAAUGCCUGGCUAUUUUUUGUUGCAGUUGUCAUUAUUGGUUAGCUGGCCUGGGCUGGGUUUUGAAUCCGCCAAUUUCAGUGUAUAUAGCUGGUGAUGUAACCACUGUGCUAUGGGCACCCAGCCACAAAAAAAAAUUUUUUUUUAAAUAUGAAUUCGUGUAAUACCACACCAAUCCUACCUGGGACAUUGAGGGAAAAAUCCAUUUUCUUUUUUUUUUCUUUUCUUUUUUUUUUUUUUUUGUGGUUUUUGGCCGGGGCUGGGUUUGAACCCGCCACCUCCAGCAUAUGGGACCAGCACCCUACUCCUUGAGCCACAGGCGCCACCCAAAAAAUCCAUUUUCAAGGCACGACUGUUCAAGCUCAUUGAAAAGCUGUAUGUUUGGUAUAGCUCUAAAAACAGCAAUAUUUAUAGAAAAAAUUCUAUAAAUCGGGAACUGACAUAACUUGUCUUGGAAGCUACAUUUUCUUAUCCAUAGGUUUUUAUUCCUUCUCAGAAGACAUUUGUAUACAGAUGUCUAGUAAGAAGAAAAUGUUAGGGCUUAGUGUAAAAUGUGAAUGUUCACCUUAAUAAGUAGAAUUGUCUUUUGUAUCAAGCACUGAAAUAGAAGGAUUAAUUUAAUUUAUAGGCAUAAAGGUCCAUUCUCUAUUGGGUGGAUAUGUUAAAGAAAUCUAUUCAGAAUGUAUUCUUGAAAGAACUCUUUCUCAAAAAGCAUUAUAUAGUUCCAAUUAACUUUUCCAGAUUCUUUAUUUUUUAUUUUAUUUUUUUAGAGAUAGGGUCCAGCUCUGUCAUCCAUGGUGGAGUACAAUGAUACAAUCAUAGCUCACUGCAGCCUUGAACUCCUGGACUCAAGGGAUCCUCCUGCUUUAGCCUCCCAAGAAGCUGGGAGUACAGGCCCGUGUCACCACACCCAGCUAAUUUUUCCGUUUUUGUAGAGACCUGGUCACAUUAUUGAUCUGGCUGGUCUCAAACUCCAGGUCUCAAACGAUCCUGCUGCCUCAGCCUUUCAAAGUGUUAGGAUUAUAGGCAUGAGCCACCACACCUAGCCAGAAACUUUGUUUUUUAUUCUUUUCAUAUUUAGUGCUUAAAUUAAAAACCUAUUAAGAACAUUAAAAUAUUCCAUAAUAUUAGAAUAUUCCAACAUUUAAAUAUUCCUUCUAAAUGGGUUAAUUAAAAAAUAAAAGUAAUAAAUAAUUGCAGUAAAAGUCAAAUACAGAAUGGUAUAAAGUAGGCAGUGAAGUUUUCCCUCUCUCAUUUAGUCCUUCAGUGAAAAAAUAAUAAAGUUUCUAGUAUAUACUUUUGGAAAAAAAAGUAUAUGAAUAUGUCAGGCUGAAUAUAUAUGCUAAAAUAUAAGUGUAUAUUUACAUAUCUACAUUUUAGUUUUUUUUUUUUGGCCGGGGCGGGGUUUGAACCCACCACCUCCGGCAUAUGGGACCGGCGCCCUACUCCUUGAACCACAGGCGCCGCCCUUACAUAUCUACAUUUUAGAACACAAAUGACAAAUUAUUUACAUAGCCCCUGUACUAUGAAAAGUUCAUGUAAAACCACUAAUUUAUCUCAUUUCCUGUGUUAGAAUGUUUCUCUUUUGCCUAACACUGAUAAUGAUUUUAAAUUUUAAAAUAUUAGGAGGGUACCAAAAUGAUUUUUGUUACAUGGAUACAUCAUGUAACGCUGAAGUCAGAUCCUGUCACCAGAAUGGUAUUCAUUGUACUCAAUAGGUAAGUUUUUAUUCCUCACCUUCCUUCACCCCAAAACCUGAUAGUCUUAAAAGAGCAAUAUGUAUUCUGAUCCUAAGUCCCCAGACCUGACACAAUCAGUUUUGCCCCAAAUUCAAAAUGGGCAAGGUGGACAAUAGCCUUGAGCUGUCAUAAUGAAUGCGUAGAAGAACUGCCACCAGGGCUGGAAUUUUUAUCUCUCGAUUCUAUGUAGCCACUCUGUAGCCCUUUGAUGUUCUAUUAAUUAAGGUAAUUUUAUUAAUUUCAAUACCUAAGUGGGAGGGAAAUGGGGAACCAAUUUCUCAACUAGCAUCCCCAGAAGAGAGGGAAUACUUGGCAUUGGCCAGCAGGGGGUGCCAAUUGCAAAUCUAGGUUAUCCCAAGACUCUACUCCCAGAAUGCUUGGCCAGAAGUGCCAACCCCAGGGGGAUACCACAGGAUAGAAAUGUGUGGUCAACCUGUUACCUUACUUUUUUUUCUUUCUUUCUUUUCUUUUCUUUUUUUUCUUUCUUUCUUUGAGACAGUCUCACUUUGUUGCCCUCCGUAGAGUGCCAUGGCAUCAUAGCUCACAGCAACCUCAAACUCUUGAGUUCAAGUGGUUCUCUUGCCUCAGCCUCCCAGGGACUAGUGGCACUUGCCACAAUUCCUGGUUAUUUUUAGAGAUGGGGUCUCGUUUUUGCUCAGGCUGGUCUCGAACCUGUGACCUCUGGCAACCCACCUACCUCGGCCUCCCAGAGUGCUAGGAUUACAGGUGUGAUCCACCACCUGGCCUCUGCUUUUUCAUUAAGGCUUUGGAGGAAGAGCUGUUAUAUUUCAAGCAGUCAAAAUACCUACAAGACUCUUAACAAAUGCUUUUCUUCUUGGCUUGAAUUAAAAAUUUCUUUUAAGGGAAAUGUUUUUUCCACAUUUAAUUAAUCAAAGAAUAUUGGAUGGUCACAGUCAAAUAACCCUAGUAAGAUUUACAUUUUGUGCUUUUUUUGCAAAUGUAAUAGCUUGUUAUAGAUUAUAAGUAUCCUGUUUUCAUAAAGAUAGCUUGGUAAUCCAGUUCUGAAUUCUGAACAAGCCCAGCAGUGUGGACAUUAUAAAGCCAUUCAUUUGCCCAGACAUAUUUGCCAGGUAAAAGGAUAAUGAUCUUUUUCUUCUCUCUCCUCACACCUGAUAGCAAGGCAUGGCUGUGUUCGAAAAGUUUAGUGUUUGCUUACAAGAUAUCAUUCAGUCUAAAACUGUUGUCAGCUUCUCACUUUCCCAGGGUUUGUAAAGUUAUGAGUGUUUGGUUAUUAUCUUAAGAGUAUAAUUGCCAAAGCAGAAUCAGUGUAAUCUCACAGAGCAGCUGACAGAUGUGGCAUUUCUCUUUUCGGUUCUUGUUAUUAUAAUUAAAGGUUGGGAACUCCUAGGAAUUACUAAUCCACAUACAGUCAAAUUGGAGGCUUUUGCUUUACUUUAAUAAUACCACUCAGCAAAUUUAUUGGAAAAUAUUUGACAUGUUAAAAACUAACAACCAUGUCAUUAUCCUGUGCCUGAUGAAAGAAGCCUCAGACAUCAGAGCCAGCCUUUAAUAACUUGCAAAGGGGAAGAAAGGCCAAUCCAUAUGAUAUUAAUCUAAGUUACCCAUUCAGUUUAAUAAUGUGUUACUGACACCAAUAAACAUUCCAGUCUUAUUUACCACUGGGGAUGGAGAGCUACAGACCUCACCAAUUUCCAGAAAGAGUUCUGAAAAACCAGUUAAGGAUGUUUUGUUUGGGGAUCUGCCUCAAUUUUUUUUUUUUUCUUGUAGACUAUAUAUUUUUCUUUUCUUUUCUUUUCUUUUUUUUUUGAGACAGUCUCACUUUGUUGCCCUUGGUAUAGUGCUGUGGCAUCAAAGCUCACAGUGACUUCAAACUCUUGGGCUCAAGCAAUCCUCUUGCCUUGGCCUCCUCAGUAGCUGGGACUAUAGGUUUCCACCAUAGCACCUGGCUAUUUUUAGAGAUGGGUUUUGCUCUUGCUCAGUCUGGUCUCAAACUCCUGAGCUCAGGCAAUCCACCUGCCUUGACCUCCCAGAGUGCUAGGAUUACAGGCGUGAGCCACCAUGCCUACAAUAUAGAUUUUUCUCAGAUUUCUCUCUUAAUAAAAGUAACUGUAGGGUGGCGCCUGUGGCUCAAGGAGUAGGGCGCUGGUCCCAUAUGCCAGAGGUGGUGAGUUCAAACCUAGCCCCAACCAAAAACCAAAAAAAAAAAAACACAUGAAAAGUAACUGUAGCAAAAUGUCAUUCAUACUAUCACAUUUAUGAAAAAACACACAUGUUGUAUUGAAUUGAUUUAUAUAAUCCUGAUUUCAAACACUUUAAAAAAAUUACUCAGUGACAAGAGGCAUUCCUUGGCAGCUGUACUUUUGGAGAGUGGCUUUGGGUGGGGGACAGGGUUGGGCCCCAGUGCCUCAUAAGGAAGUCAUGAGGCCCAAAGGUGGCUUUUUCAACUGCCACCACACCCCUAGUGGCUCAAUGAGAGAACAAACUAAUAGUUGAUUUCAACUGCUAGUUAUUCAGUGAAUCAGUAAGGAUUAGCUUCAAGUUUUCUGGGUAUCAUUUUAUAAAAAAACUUUUUUUUUUGGUAAAAAUAACACUUUCUGCCUAGGUAUUUACAUGUGACAGAGAAUGAUUAGGCAAUAAUUGCAAGGAAGGAUUCCUUUGUUAUCACACAACUGCUUUUUUUCUUGGCAUAAAAUAAGUACAUGUUCAUUGUAGAAACUUCAGAAAAUAUAAACUUUAAAAGAUGAAAUCUAAAUAUGAUCCUUAGUUCCAUCAGUCAGAAAUGAUCACUGCUAGCAUGUUGAUGUAUAUGAGGGAUUAUUUUUUAGUCACAAAACUUGAUGCAAUAACAACUUAGCCAAAGCACAACUAUCCAUAGAACUAAGUCUAUUGAGUGAAUGAGCACAGUAUUUCUGAAUUUUCCUUACUGGAAUCGAUUGGACGUAAUAAGCUAUAGAGAAUGUUCCAGUAAUACUUGCUAUAUUAGUAAAUAAUUGAUUAGUGCUGUUGACAAAGCAACUGUACCUAAGUAUAUUAGCACUUAGCGGAUCAUGACUUACUAUUUCUGGUAGAUAAUUCACUAAAAUCGAAUGUUUUGUUUGGAAUUAUUUUGAAUACUUUACAAUUGCUGAACAAAUGAUAGACGUGAGAAUGAUUAUAAGCUCUUUUCAGGGCAGGAAAGCUAGCUCAUCCUUCUCCAUUUUUCCCACAGGAUAUAGUGCAAAUUGGUUAUUCUGUAAAUAUUUGGAAAAAAGUGCUAUUUAUUCUUAUGUUAUCAUGCCAACAUCCUUAUAACUAAAUACAAUCGGCUAUUGGGGAAAUUAUGGCCAAAAUUUUUAUAAAAUGAUUUUGUAUCACUGACUCAACAUUUAUAACUUUGGUUGAAUACAUAUGCUAUUAGAAACAAUAAAGUGUUAGA